CGGAGGUAUCUAUACCAGCGCUGGCAGUACCGACUUCGCGAUAUCCGACGCGACCUCUGGGUUUCCACCCGCAGGCACCGUCUGGGCAUCGUAGCGGUCUUCUCGCUCGUCAGCGCCAAUACUAGGGUGAGCAAUGAGGUAAUAAGUAUUCCAUGUCGGUUGCAGUCCUGCCGCUCGAACUCUUUGUGUUUCCCCGCGGUGGUACCCGUCUCCCUCCCGUUCUGUCUUUUACCGUUUCGCCCCAUAGGUGUAGACUCCAAAAGAGAAAUGACGAACCCGGCGGCGGCGAUGGCCCAGAAUGCCCACGGGCCCGGUCUGGCUGGUAUCUUCAUGAACAUCAUGCUUUAUGGGGUGAUGAUUUCGCAGUCGUUCUUCUAUUUCUCCACGUACAAGAGUGAUCCCAUAUGGUUGAGAGGCUAUGUCGCAGCGUUGCUCCUCGCAGACACGAUAAACUCCAUAUUCAACAUGUGGUGGAUUUACAACGUGCUGAUCAACAACUUUGGUGAUAUUGCUGCGCUCGAGAAUGCGGACUGGUUGUUCCAGUCAGAAGAAGCACUAGCGGGAAUCAUCGCAAUGAUGGUCCAGUUCUUUUUCGCAUGGCGGAUACUAAGGCUGACGCGGAACUACAUUGUUGUUGCGAUCAUUGUCGUAGCAUCCUUGGUCGGCGGACUGUCUGGCAUCGGAACGGGGAUUGCGGUCUCGAUUCAUCCAGCGUUCUCGGGCUUCCAGCACCUACAGGUUCUUGUGAUCUUGUGGCUCGUGGGUGCAGCCGCGUGUGACAUCCUCAUUACGCUUGCUCUCUCGUGGCAUCUGGCACAACAACGUACUGGCUCCCUCCAAACAGACACGGUCAUUUCUAGGAUUAUUCAGCUGACUGUAUCAAACGGCCUGGUAACCGCGGGCUUUGCUGUCGCCGACAUCAUUGCGUUCCUGUCAACGCCCAGGGGAAUUCAUCUGGCAUUCAAUUACACUCUCGUUAAACUAUACGGCAACUCCAUGAUGGCCAGUUUGAACUCGCGUUCGCUGCUAGCAAUGUCGGCGAAGAGCUACUCCGCCGGGAGGGACAUUUCUAGGAUCUCUGGCACGGGCAUGAACACCGACAUGAGUGGCAUAGCGACCCGUCAAUCGCAGCUGUUCGCCGACGUCGAGUCGCAUGAGCUCGCUGACGCAUCAGGGUCGAAGGUGAAGAGUGAAUCAAAAUGGAGCAGCGACCGCUACAGCGGUGGGCGAGACAGCGAGGACAAGGAUACAGCGGUCGCAUAUUGAUACCCACCGGUGCUCCUCUUCAGAUGUAGUGUUUGCACGUUCCAUUUGCGGUGACGGUGGCUGGUGUACCAUCAUAGCGGAUCGGCCUGGCAGCUUGCUCUUAUUUUGUACUACGUAGUACCCCAGGAGCGGGCUCGCUUGAGGUCCUGCGAAGGUUGUUCAUUAUUCACUGAGCAGGGUUUGCGCCAUAUAUUGAACGUCGUGUAGUUCGCGCCUCCUUAGAUGCCUGAGAAUGAGAUGUCCGUGGCACAUUCACUCG